CAUGUUGCAAUGGUGUACUUGUGAUGAUUGUAAAUCCUCAUGCUGCUGCCUGCUAAGUGCUCCGAUACCCCACUUACUGCUAGCGUCGCGCAUCGCGAGAUGGGCUGCUCACAGGUAUUCGCCGUUUUGACCCCAAGAUGGUGAUUUCCAUGGAGGCAGCAGAAUUGCACAUCAAUGGCUUAAGCAUUGAGCGAAAACAUGGCGUAGUCGUAGUAAGGUAAUUAGAACGUGAAGCUGGGCAUUUGACUUUGACCCUAGAUCGCAUCUCGUUGACCUUAGUCAUCAAAUCCGGCGACGUCAGCCACGCCGCUAAGCCUCAUCCAGCAUCAGCCCCACGCCGCCAUCGUCACCAGCAUCCUGGCCAACCUCACCUCGAGCUGGAGCUCCGGCUGCAGCUUGUCCACGCCCCAGCGCAAAGCCCAUCUUCUCCCGACAGUACACCGCCCGAGAAGGAAAAGCGAUGGCCUCCAGCGAACAAGAAGGCGACUUCUCGAAUGUCUCCUGGAGUGAACAUAUCCACGAACAAACACACAAGAACCCCACUACGCCAGACGCCGAAGACACUGGGCAUACUCUCGAUGGGCCGGGCACGACUGUCGAGCAUGAACCGCACCCGCUGGGCGGAGAACGUCUAGAAUGCACAGUCGACACGCCGAUCAAGGAGAAUGAUGGGACAAAGGAUGCCUUUGUGUCGUAUCUCAUCACCACCAGCUCCACCUUUCCCUCCUUUGCGCGCGAGCAUUUCUCCGUGCGACGCCGCUUCACCGACUUUGUCUUCCUCUACAAGACCCUCAACCGCGACUUCCCCGCCUGCGCCGUUCCGCCUCUCCCGGACAAGCAGCGCAUGGAGUAUGUCCGCGGGGACCGCUUCGGCACCGACUUCACCCUCCGUCGAGCACACUCUCUUCAGAGGUUCCUCGCCAGGCUGAGUCUGCAUCCGUCGCUGCGUAGAUCGCCGAUGCUGCACUCGUUCCUGGAGAGCCCGGACUGGAACGCGACAAUGAAGAGUCGGGGCGCACGGUCGAGCAGUGGCGAUGCAGCCAGCGGCGCCGCCGGUGUGUUUGACAACUUUGCGGACACCUUCAUCAAUGCGUUCACAAAGGUGCACAAACCGGACAGGCGCUUCCUCGAGGUCAAGGAGAAGAGCGACAAGUUGGAUGAGGACCUGAAUCACAUCGAAAAGGUCGUCGCCCGUGUCGCGCGGCGGGAGGCUGAUCUCGAGACCGACUACCACGACCUGGCUGAGCAGUUCCAGAAGCUCAUCACCCUUGAACCUGGCGUCGAGCCCGCCGUGCACGGUUUCGCGGCCAGCAUCCAAGACUCGGCGGCGCAUCUGCGCCGUCUCCACGACGUGACAGACCAGGAUUACCUGGGGUCGCUGCGGGACAUGCAGGCCUACAGCCUCAGCCUACGCAAUCUCCUCAAGGCAAGAGAGCAGAAGCAAUUAGACCACGAGCAGCUGAUCGAGUACCUCAACAAGUCCACGACGGAGCGUGAUUCCCUGCAAGGCCACGGCGGCCACUCGUACUCUGGUGGUUCCUCGGGGCCCGGGGGCUUCCUGCGGAACAAGAUCGAGGACGUGCGAGGUGUAGACCACGAGCAGGCACGCCGCGAGCGCGCACGUAAAUUGGAGAUGCGCGUCGAGGAGCUGACUGCCGAAGUGGAGCGUGCCAGGGCGACCAGCAACCUCUUUGAUGACGAGGUUGUCCGCGAAGUCGGCGACUUUGAACGAAUCAAGCGGAUUGAGUUCAAGGCCCAGCUUGGCGGGCUGGCGGAUGCUCAUGUUCAGUUCUAUGGCGAGGUCGGCAGUCUGUGGGAGCAGUAUGUCAAGGAAAUGGAGAAACAAGGCGUCGAGGCUUGAGAGCAGAGCGGCGCGGUGGAAUGAAUGCGGGAUAGGCACGGGCGUCGAGGCGUUUGCUGGUUUUUAUCAAGUUAGGACAGUAGAAUGAAUGCCUGUAGGCAAGGCCCCU